AUGAGAGACUUCUCAAUGAUGUUUCCGUCGAUUUCUAAGGCUGAAAUUGAACGGGUGCUCAGAGCAAACGAUGGCGACGUUGCCAGAACCAUCGACGACCUUCUGCUCAUUUCCCUAGAGGCUACUCAAAUAUCUACACCAGCAUCGAGUUCUUGCCGAAGUCAAAGUGCGCCAUCUGCCGCUAAGACGGUUCAUUUUUCGGUGUCAUCGAGUCGCCGAUCAGCGGACGACGCCGCUUCAUCAACCAGAAGCUUACUCAGGGUUUCUCGUUUGAGCGCCGACGAAAUCGUGCGAGAGCGAGCACGAAUCGAACGGAUGAAAAAGGAGAAUGAACGACGUCUUGACGUCGUAUGUGAUGAAAAGGAAGCCAGGUGA